AUGGCCAGAAUCAAACGUGAUUGGACCAGUCUUCCUGAAGGCCUACUGGCUUUAAUCGCCGAACUUCUCCCCUCUCAAAAUGACCUCUGUUGUCUACGUGCCGUUUGUCGCUCUUUUCGAUCCGAACUUCCUCCUUCUACAACAAUUUCAUUCCCGCAAUCUAUUUUAACCACAACUGACUUCCUUAAAGGCCCAAAUCCUAGCACAAAUGGCCUCUAUGUCCUCAUCGAGUCAACUGCUUAUGCAGUCCGGCCUCUCAACAAAAAAGAGUCUCCGCCAUGGUUGAUUAAAGUCGAAAAAACAAAACCUGGAAAGGUGGAAAUAAAGGAUCCGCUCUCAAUACUUCGUUUCAGAUUUCCCCGGAAGUUACCCAAGUUUUUAAACUUGUUGGAUUAUAAGGUUACUGAGAUCACUACAUCAUAUGCGUUGGAAACUACUGCUAUUCUUAAAGGUAAACCCGAAUUGGCUUAUGGAGGGAAGUACUCCCAGCUAGAAUUUUCUUCCGGAAAAGUGAUUUUCACUUCUGGUAUUGAUGAAAGUGAUGAAGAAUUUGCGGUUAUGGUGAAAUUCGGAGUAGGAAGGUUGAGUUUAUGGAGAAACGUAGACAAGAAAUGGAGUAAAAUAGACUUGGAGAUUGACUUGGGGAUUGACUUUGAGAUAAGUACGAUAAUAUUUAUGAAUUUUAAUAGACGUUUAGUUUUAAUCGAGGAUAUUAUUUACCAUGACAAAAAGUUCUACGUUUUACUCUCCAGGGGUGUUACUAUGACUGUGGAUUCCAAAUCUUUGAGUGUUACUGAAGUUGCAGGAACACUCAAUGAUCUGAAAUGGUAUAAGUCGGUAUACUUGCUGGAGUCCCAUAAUAAUUUGUUUUUGUUUGCCAAGUUCUCCAAAAACUUGGAUACUGAGGAUUAUUUAAAGGUUUUUAAGCUUGACAAAGAGAGACAUGAGUGGUUUCGGGUAGAGAAGGGAUUGGAAUUUGAGGAUAGAGCGAUAUUUCUGAGUGAAGAUGGAUCUUUUUCUCUUUCGGCUAAAGAGUCGUCGGAAUAA